AACACAGAGAGGAAGGAGAGCAGCAGAGAGAGAUACCCCAAAGCAGGCAACAGUGAAGUUCACCUUCUAGCCAGGAAUUGUAUUAAGGCGGGGGCACAAGUGCUCACCUUAUGCCUAAAGGCGCCCCAUAUACCCUACAGCUAAAGGACUCCACCCUACAGCAAGAGGACACAGGGCUCCUCCCUACAGACCCCUGCACCCAGUGAAGCAAGAUAGGACAGGGGCAACGUCCCACCUUACUGCCCCGCACAAAGCCUUCCUGUGCUGCACACAACUGUAUCACACAAGCAGGAAUCCUACAGAGCGGAGACCCCAGACAUUCCCCUACAGGGACUCUAACCAGCAAGGAGACACCCACAGCAGGACCCCACCCCACACACACCCAGAGGAGCAGCGGUGUAUGGCCGGGGGACCCUAACGCACAACCCCUGCACAGUGACCCGGCUUUAUCUCCUUUGCAUUAAUGUCGUCCCAAUGCAAAAGUUCUGCUGAUAUGCCUACACCGGUCCUCCUCAAUGACAUCAAGGUGGAACCCCCUGAGCAGCUGUUAGACAGUGACUGCAGCCUCCCUCAGGCUGAACCUGUGGACCUCUCCCUACACAAGUCCAAAAACUAUGUUCGCCAGCCCUUUACACCCACCUCCUCCUCUUCUCCGUCUUUAUUGACUGCUCCCAUCUCUGCAACCCCUCCUAUGGUAUCCCUCUCAGGAUUGGGUUCAGCUGUUCCAGCAGUGCUGUCUCCAGGCUCCUUAUUGGCUUCGACACAAGGCAGUGGGGGGCAGCAGAUUCUUCAUGUCAUACACACAAUUCCAUCCGUCAAUCUACCUAGCAAGAUGGGCAGUCUGCAGACCAUCCCUGUGGUGGUUCAGUCCUUGCCGGUAGUAUACACAGCAUUACCCACUGACGGGAUGACAGGCACCAUCACCGUGCCCCUCAUAGGGGCUGAUGGGAAGAGCACAGGGAGAACCAUAAUGCUGCAGUCUCCAGGAACUGAGUUUGCAGAUAAUUCCCGAACUGAGAAGUCUCCCUCAGACUUCAUCCACCUAGGUUUACCUGCACAGGCUUCAGUGAAGAUAGAGCCAGAUUCUAUGUCUCCUGUGGAGAUAAACAGUGACAGUGAAGACAGCAUUGCGGAAAAGCAUACUCCUUCAGAGGGCUCAAUGCAUGGGGUACACUUGAACCAGGUACAGAUUAGUGGGGUUGGCUCUUCAGAUUUGAGGAAGAGAAGAGUCCAUCAGUGUGACUUUGAAGGUUGCAAGAAGGUGUAUACCAAAAGCUCUCAUCUAAAAGCACACAGGAGAAUACACACGGGAGAAAAACCAUACGAGUGCACAUGGGAAGGCUGUCCAUGGAGAUUUGCUCGUUCUGAUGAGCUUACACGACAUUUCCGCAAGCACACAGGCAUCAAACCUUUCCUGUGCUCAGACUGUGACCGGAGCUUUUCCCGCUCAGACCAUCUGGCCCUACACCGCCGCAGACAUAUUAUGAUGUAAUGCGUUAUCGGCAAACUUCUGCAAAUGACAGGGGCCGAGAGGGUGAACCUUGCUGGUGGAAACAAUCCCUUCUAACAUCUUUUUAUAUAAUGUUUUUUUUCUCCCUUUUCUUCUAUUUCUCUUGCUCUUUAUUUGAUUCUCUUAUCCUUUUCUUUUUCUGAUUUAUUCAAUUUUUCUGCCUUUUUCUUAAGCCACAAUGUAAAAAGCCCAUUUGAUUUAUCAUGUUCCGUGUACCUUUACACUGGUUCUUACUAAACCACUCUCUUUUUUUUUUUAUCUUUCUCUUGUAAUUAUCCCAGCUCCCCCCCCCCCCCCCCCCGUUUGGCUCCUAUCCUUGCUCAUCCUCUCUCACCCAUCAUCACUGGCACAAAAAGCACAGUAUUGUUUGACCCCCUCCUCCACUAGCACCUGCCUCUUCAACCCACCUGAGGGCUAACAAAGACAAGUUACCCUGUCAUCCCACACCCCCUCCUAUGGACUUGAGAAGAGGAGCAAAUGAAAUUCUCUUUAUGCUACUGGCACAGGUGUUUAGGGGAGAGGAAAAUGGACAAGCCCCCCCCCCCCUUUAAUUUAUGGUUGGAACUGAAGACCCGCUAGCAGUUGUUUAAUGAUACUGUGUAUCUGUACACUGAUAAUAGACACGCUGCAGUGUGCAAUGAGGCCGAGUACCCAUCACUAAUUUGAGUCACUUUAAACCUUCACAUAUAAACUGCCUGUGAUUAAGUAGGGUUUGUAAUUAUAUUUUUUACAUUUUAACAAGAUGUUUGUUCUGCUUUCUUUUAUAGGGAGUGUUUGUAUACACUCGGCUUCAGUUUACAUUGCAAUGUGUGUAUAUGUGUGUAUAUAUAUCUAUUACAUAUACAAUAGAAUUGCAAUGGCCGUCGUCAUUAAUAUUAAGUUCAAGAUUGCCUGAAUUUGCUUCUUGUGGAAUAGAAUGAACAGCAUUCUCUGAAAAUGUUUGCACAUGGAGGUGGGUUGUGUGACAUUUUUGAUGGUACAUACCCCUCACCCAUCCUCAUUGUUUUAUUAUCCCGGUCCUAAAUAAGCUGCUCUGCAUUACAAUUAUUUUCCUUUGAACAUUGCAACAGAAUUGCUGUGAACACACAGACGAUAUUGCAGAACACUUUACUGUGAUUGGGCGGUGCUGGCCUUGGGAGCGAGGGUUCAGCAUGGAAGUAAUUAAAUAAAAACUCUUAUUGUACUGAAAAUGUUUUAUAGAUUAAAAGAAAAAUUUAGAAAAAAA